ACGUGACUGUGCAAUACGGAAGUUUUGAUCUCGAAGACUUAGGCAGCAGACCUCUCUAUGGUACAAGGGAAGAAAUCUUUGUUUCAUCUGUUUAGCCCCGUUGUAUAGAUAGUCAGGUAAAUUGUUUUUUUUUUCCCCACUGCGUUUAAAAUUCAUGUAUAAUUUCGCUUUUUGGUGGUGUCUCCAUUGGUUUCAUGAGGUGGCUAUGCUCCAGUUGCUCAUCUGGCCUGCUUUAGCGACCAUUUGCUGCUGGAAAUGUUAACCGGGAUGACCCAGAAGCAUCACUUGGAGGGGCAGGUGUAUUCUGUCCCAUUGAUUCAGCAGGACCUGAGGAGGGAAGAGGCUGUACACCAAAUCACCGAUGCUCUGCUGUACCUGGAAAACAUAUCAACCGACAUCUUCAACAGGGUAUCUCAAAGUGUGGAAAGGAACCGCUCUCACCUCCAGGCUGUCGCAGACCGCAUCAAACUAGCUCAAGCCAGAGUUCAGAAGAUCAAAGGAAGCAAGAAGGCCACCAAGGUGUUUUCCAGUGCUAAGUACCCUGCUCCAGAAAAACUGCAGGACUACUCCUCCAUAUUUAUGGGUGCUAUCGACCCAGUGUCUCAAAAGCGACCUCGCUACAAAGUUCAAGCCAAGCUCCGCCCCUUGGAUGACAAGGCUUUGCAGGAGAAGCUGAUGUAUUUCCCAGUGUGUGUGAACACUAAGAAGCGUUCUGACGAUGAGACGGAGGAGGGGCUGGGGAGUCUGCCCAGGAACAUCAGCUCCAUCAGCUCCUUACUACUGUUCAACACUACUGAGAACCUGUAUAAGAAAUAUGUGUUCCUGGAUCCCCUGGCUGGAGCGAUCACUAAAACUCACACCGCACUAGAAACAGAGAAGGAAGAAAAGCCAUUCGAUGCACCGCUCUCCAUCACUAAGAGAGAGCAGCUGGAGAGACAGACUGCAGAGAAUUAUUUCUAUGUGCCAGAUCUGGGUCAGGUGCCAGAGAUUGACGUGCCCUCAUACUUGCCUGACCUUCCUGGCAUCGCAGAUGACCUCAUGUACAGUGCUGACCUGGGUCCAGGGUUCGCACCCUCUGUUCCUGCCAACACAGCCAUCCCAGAGCUCCCUUCCUUUGGCACAGACCACGAAGAACCCAACGGACAUGGCUCCCAGUUUAGAACAGAGGCUCCUCCCCCACCUCCUCCACCCCCACCUCCUCCUCCUCCUCCUCCUCCUCCUCCUGGGACUCCUCCUGCUCCACCUCCUCCUCCACCUCUUCCUGAAUUUACAGAUAACACAGGGGCUGGAGACGCAGCCAGUAAAGCCCAUCCCACAGGUGCAGUGAAGGGUGCACCUGCAGAGGUGUUGCAGCCAUCAGAUGGACGAGCUAGCCUGCUCGAGUCAAUCCGAAACGCCGGCGGCAUUGGCAAAGCCAAGCUACGGAAUGUUAAAGAACGCAAGAUGGAGAAGAAGAAGCAGAAGGAACAAGAACAGGUUGGAGCAACAAGAAGUGGUGGCGAUUUUAUGUCUGAUCUCUUCAACAAACUGGCCUUGCGCAGGAAAGGGAUCUCGGGUAAAGGCCCUGCGGGCAGCGACGCCACAGAGGCGCCUGCCAGUUCCGGCGGCGCAUUCGCCAGGAUGUCUGAUGUGAUCCCACCCCUUCCUGCACCACAGCAGCCAACCACAGAGGACGACGAUGACUGGGAGGCGUAGCCAAAUCAUGGAUCAUUGCUCUUUUCUGGUUGGGUGUCAUAUGAGCCGACUAGAACAUUUGUGAACUGAACCUAGGGCUUGAAGUUUUGAAACUGUUGCACUUAAAAGUGUGUUGAUCAGCUGGAGCGUCUGGCUCAGCUUGGCCAGCAGUACUUGACAGCAGGAGGCAGUGUUGUAUUUGUAUAAAAGAGGAAUGAAGACAAAUGUUAAGAUGAAGAUGGGCCUACAAUGAGACAGCAGGCCAGGUUAUCUUGCAGACUUUUUUAAAAGCUGUGUGUAUUUUUGUAUUUCAAAUACCCAUUUGUGAUGAAUUUGUACAAGGUGAGAAUGAAUAAGACCAAUAUUAUAGGGAGAAUAUGACUGCUCGUCUGUACUUAGACCGAAUGCAGACCAUUACCCAGCUUGCACAACUCACACUAAACUCAAUUUGUGUAACCAGCAAACUUUUAAUUCAUCUGUUUGAUCCUUAUCACACAGGCACAGACACAUACUGAUAAAUCUGUGUGCAUAUACAGGCUGACUUUGGUUCCUCAUAAUCUUUUAGAUUAGGAAGUGUAGGGAUAAAAUGGAAUAUUCAAAAGUGCCAAAGGGGACUGACUGACUGACUGUCUACACAUAAAACUACUUAAAGCAGUAUUCCUGACAAAGAAAGCAAAAUGUGAAAUCUCAGCAAGUAGUAAACUUGAGCUUGAGGAGUACUUAAAACAUGGCAAUAGUGUAACUGCUUUCUUCACCCACCAGUGUUCAGCAGUAUUUUAAACCCCUACUAGACACAUACCAUUUGUGGUUUAGAUGCGUUAUUUAAAUGCAAACCCGUCCUUGUUGAAUAGGUCUAAAUCACUCCAGAAAUAAAUGCAAAUCUCUUGA